AGUGUGACGGUCUUUAAUUGUUAACGACUAUAUUUGAGAAGAUUUUGUUUAACAUCCUAAACCUUGACAACCGCCUGAGGUUGGCGGGGGAGGAGGAGCUGCAGUCUGUGAGGAGCAGGCGGGACGCGCGGCACGAGGACACGUCACGUCCAUCCAAUCAGCGUCAGACUCUUGAUAUCACGUGACCCCGACAGCUUUUAUAAGGUCUGGCGCGAGAGGGCCUUUGCUUCCUCCGUGCUGCUGCUGACGUAGAGGUUGACACAGAAGGAUGGACCAGCAGACUUCAACGGUGGAGCCGGGUAUCCCACCCGUGAAGAAUGACUCAUGGGGCUUGAUGGAGGCAGAGGAGCCAGGAGACAUGAUGUCGCAACCACUGUGGCGCACUGUCACACUUGGUGUCAUCCAGUUCAUGGUUGUCAUCCUGACAGUCACUGGCAACAUGCUGGUUCUGAUAGCGGUGGCUCGCACCAAGCGCCUCCAGACGAUCUUCAACAUGUACAUCGUCAACCUGGCCUUGACCGACAUCAUGGUGGCCUUGACCGCAAUGACCUUUUACAGCACAGAGACUACCCUGGGUUACUGGCCCUUCGGCGAGUUCAUGUGCGGCGUCUGGAUCUUCUUCGACUACGGCAUGACCUUCGCCUCCGUCUUCAACCUCCUCGUCAUCUCCGUGGACAGACUGUGGUCAGUGAUGUGGAGCGUGCACUACCACGUGCACAGGACCAAGAAAACAACCGCCAUCACCAUCGCUGGCAUCUGGCUGGUGGUCCUGUUCCUAUGGUUACCGCCCUGCAUCGUGGAUCGUGUGAGGCACAGCCGCCCGGGGGAGUGCAUGUGGUCCCCGCACAACAGGGAGUUCGUGGUGGUCAUCGCUGUGGUGGGUCACCACGGGUCGUGCGUCGUCAUCCUCACCUGCUACUUCGCUGUCUUCCUGGUGCUGAGGGCACGGACUCGCUCCAUCCUGCCAUCCAGACACGCCCCCAGGCCUAGUCACGUGACAACAUCUCAGAACAAGUUACCGAGAAGAGCGGAGACAUCCCAAGACAGAGUGUCGGCCGACACUUCACAGUUCGCUCCACGUCAGUCUGCCUGUCCACCCGGGGUCAGAUCCGUCUCCAUCAACGUCUGUGACACAAGGGUUGGCGACGUAGAAAGGUCAAGGCUUUCUGAGCAGGUCACCGAGUCUGGGUCAAUGACCGCAGAAUUACCUGCAGACGACCUCCCGAGCGAUGACCACUUGCAGUCGCGGGGUAGCGACCUGCCACCCAGACAGAGAGAAGCUGGAGUGGGCCACCCUGGAACCAGAGAUGGGGAACAACUCGCACCUAAUUCUCUCCCUUUCUCCGCCUUUGGUUUGCUUGGUCGCAGGGAGGUAACUCUUCACAGCCGCCAUUUUACGGCCACGUCAUCACAGCCACCAACAGCAACGGUUGGAAACAGACUUUGCGAUGAUUCUACAAACAUCCCACCCGACCAUCAAGAUCUUUCAGCAAAUGAGACCUCAGAGUUGUUUCCCAUGACACGUGCCUGCUCUCCUGUCACAGCGCCCUCCAGCGGACCCCAGAAAGGUUCCAGGGGGAGAGAGACACGAGCGUUCAUAAUCCUCACCCACAUUGUGGCCGGCUUCGUGGUCUGCUGGCUGCCUUUUCACCUGGUCUUUGAUCUCACCGCCGUUCGUCCGGAGCUGGUGCCGGAUGUGGUGUACUCGGUGACCUUUUGGCUGACCUACGUGAACUCGGCAAUCAACCCAAUUCUCUACAACUUCUCAAGCUCGGACUUCCGACGUGCUUUUAGAGAAAUGCUUUGUAGGACAUGAACGCAACUGGCACCAGUGAGGUAGGCGCCUCACUUUCACACACACACACACAGACACACACAUACAGACACAGACA